AAUCGGCCUGGCUUUGAACAAUUAGCCAUUUUUUUUAAAUUUUGGGUUUUAAUUUAACAAAAUUUCCUUUCCGCGAUGAAUGUUUUGAGUGCUCUUAAGACCAAGAAGCUGAAUUUGCAGAAUACCUGCACUUCCUAUUACGAUUUUCUGACUUGUGGACAUGAUUGUUUGGAUUCCUUGAACUGCCACACUCUGCAGCCGGAUCCUCCUGCUCACGAGGAACCUGAAGGUAUAGCCAGACGUGGAUUGAAGUACUUCGAUGUGAAUGACAAAGCGACGGAGUGGUAUUUGAAAACCAGAAAAGCCACAUCUGAAAGGACGCCUUUUAAAAAGAAGAUUUGCUUCCGUUUUCGAGUGCCCGUAAGGCAUGCUUUACGUCGGAAAAACAAGGCGGCGACCUAUUCCCUUCCAGGUCGAAGGGUAUCCCCUGAAUUUCUCUCUCUGCUGAAGCAGCACCACGCAAGACUGAAGGGUUUCGAGCACCUGCCUCGUAAGUACCUUUCCCUCAGGCCAAGUUUCUCCUAUUACAAGUACGACGCGUUGGCCAAAAGACGCCACAUGCGUUUUGGAAUCGAAACGGCGGCUCCUUUGGAAUUUCCGUGUACCAAUAUAAACUGUAAACGUCAUUUUAAGCCAAGCCCCUGUCCCCAAAAAGAAAAUGUCCGGCCUUCCAGUCAGGACGAUUCAACAUCACAAGCCAAACCAAAGCGCAUAAGCUUGUUUACAAGCAAUAAAAGUAGUUCUGGGAAAAGGCGAAGUUAUUCACUAGUUUCAGAAGAGCAACAUGACGAUUACCUCCUGCUAGAUAAUAAUCAGCAAGAAAAAAGGAGUACACUGCAUGGAAUAUAUGCCAGUAAUCAUUCGUUACUUCCGUCUGUGGCUUCCAAAUCUCAGUACAGUUUAAAGCCCGCAAGUCAACCAAAUCAUAUUAUUGCUUCUAGAUCUCAGAGCAAUUUAAAACCAAUGGAAAAAAUUAUGACUUGUCCUUGCCCUAUUGAUCUGCCCAAAUGGUUGCCCAGAUCCUGCAAUCUAACCAUCUUUCCCAAUAAAAAUGUGAAAUUCAAAAAGGAUCGAGAUCCACGAAGCAUUGAGUACGAAAAUCGUCCUUUCUUUAAGGCAAUCGAAGGAAAUAAAUGUGUAUGCGGGGCUGCAAAUAAAAAGCCAAGGAGCUGCAGCAAAAGUUACCAAGAGAAUGAAUUCUGUAGUUACCCAAGUCAAGAUGACUGUAAGAUUCAACCAGAAACUCCUGAGAACACCUUCUACACAUCCAUCUCCAGUCAUCGAUCAUUAUGUGUAGUAAAAUCUGAACGACCCAAAAUCUAUGAUCAAAGCGAUAUAGAAAUGCCUCCAAACCGAAAAGAAGUUUCCACCGGUUACAAAGGAUUUGUACAUCGCUCUGAGAAUCAAAAGAUAAUAGAUCAAACUGGAGGUCCAAUCCGGAAAUGCAAAAGGAAGAAGCCACCGCCGUAUUGUUACCUCUGGUCCGCAGUCGAUCCGGAUAUUCGAGGCUCAGAGAAGCAACGUCUGGCGAAGCACAAGUGCCACCAGCGAAAACUCUUCCCAGAAAGUAAACCUUACUCCUACUUUUGGUCCAAAACGUGUCCAGAUGUAAGAAAACAAGCAAAACGGAGAUUAAGGGAGAGCGAUACAGAAAGUCCGAUUUCCCAAAUUCGGUUUCAGAUACCCAACAAUAAUAAUUCACAUCAGAAAGAGGAAACAUGCUCCUGCAGCAGAGCUUCAGCUAAUCAUUUUGAUGAGCAACACAGUCGCCGAUCUUUUUUAUAUAACUAUUCAAAUUCGGAUACUAGUAAUCGAAAGAAACAGCUUACAGAAAGCUCGGUAGUCUGGGAGGAUGAAGUGCAUCCAACACCAAAAAGAAAUCACAAGUGUUCAAGAAUGUUUUUCAGCAAGUUAAACAGAGACUCAGAUACACAUGUCCAUAAAAAGCCACGCCUGCUGCCCAAACUACAUGCGUUUGCCAAGCGAUUUUUCUCGACGAGUCCUAAAGCGCUCCAUUUCAAGUCCAAUCAAUCAGGUAGCGAAAGACCAAUGAACAGUGCCCUAUCCGAAGAAUCUAGUGCAGGUAUUUCUAAAAGAUUAGAAACUUCCUUUAAUGCCAGAGAAAGGUGCAAAGAUGAAGAAGUUCACAGAAAUAUCCCGUCUGGAAUUCAAAGUUUGCGAGGUCCAAGAGAUCUUAAAAUUUGGACAAAACAUAGCUCCAGUUUUGAGUAUCGGGAAUCUAACUCAAAAAGACAGCGAAAACCAAAACGGCUCACCAAAUCGUCAAACUUCUUUGGUUCCGAAAGGUUUACAUAUAAAAGAAGAGAUUCUAGGAGCAACUCCUGUUCAGAGCAACCAUCCUGUUCCAGAGGGCCUUCAAAAUUCAAGAACUACCAAAGAUCGCCGACAAGAAAAACAAGCCGAUGCGAGAGAAGUGUUUCAUGUGACAGUUGCAGCAGCACGUUUAGUGGUCAAUCUAUACGUCAUGAUCCAACGCAGCAGUAUUCCUGCCAAGUUCCUCAACCGAGGGUAUCCCGUGCUCAGCGAGAAUGGGAGGAGGAGAAACAAAAAAGGGCUAUAAAACAAAGAUAUUUAUGCAGACCGUGCACUGAUUAUUUGCUCACCUCACAUCGAACGGAGCCACGAUAUCCGGACAUACGUCGAGGAAUCAUCACAUAUCAGAACUAUGAACUCUCCGCCCAUCAAAGUGAUUCUGGCUUGAAUCCAUCAAAAGGCAAUCGGUGCCAGCUCGCACAAUAUUGUCCGAAGCACAAAAAUUUAAAACAUAUCUCUAGAUCACGAAGUCGCCGACAUUAUGUUCAAUGUUGCGAUGAUUCCGAUGCUUCUGGGCACAGCAAAAGUUUUUCAGGUUCGUCAAGAAUGCGAGGAGGAAUAGAUUUUUCUUCUCGAAGUCCUCGUUACACUGGGCACAGAUUUCCAACCAGCUUGUCUUCGAAAAUCGGGGGAAUCAAGAAAACUUCUUACACAAGGUUAUCAAAGUCGCCCAAGCACUUGUUCUGCUUCGACUAGGAGCAGACAAGAGGAGCUU